AUGGACACAGCGAUCUUGUUGCUAGCCCUCAAGCAGGGCACACGAUCACUCGAGGGUUACAUUGCGGAAUAUUUGGCUUUGGCUAAUGGCUCAGAAUUGCCGGACAAUAUGUUGAUUGACUUUUUCUGUGAUGGCCUUAAUCAGCCUCUAAAGACUAAAGUGAUUCAUAAGGGUCCGCGUUCGUCACUGAGUAAGUUUUUGGAUUAUGUUCUGUGGACUGUUGGUUCAGCUUUCACUGUGGGUGUCGCGGAGGAACGCGACACCGCACUCUCUCGUUGGAUAGCAGCCACACUGGAGCAGACACACAAAGUGGCAGCGACAGCAAAGCCUGUUCGCAAAAUGGCGGCCACAACAACCCCCCGUCUUGUCAUCGCUGUCAGUCAAGAGCCAAAUCAAGCCACAGUUAAUGUCAAAGAGCCAAAUCAAGCCACAGUUAAUGUCAAAGAGCCAAAUCAAGCCACAGUUAAUGUCAAAGAGCCAAAUCAAGUCACAGUUAAUGUCAAAGAGCCAAAUCAAGUCACUGCUGAUCAGUCAAAGCAGCACGUCACAGCUGUCCGUCCAGAGUCAAAGCACCGUCCAGAGUCGGGUCACGUCUCCGCUGACCUUCCAGAGUCACAGGGUCACGUCUCCGCUGACCUUCCAGAGUCACAGGGUCACGUCUCCGCUGACCUUCCAGAGUCACAGGGUCACGUCUCCGCUGACCUUCCAGAGUCGGGUCACCUCCGGGCUGACACACCCAGAUCAUCAAGUUCCCAGGCUCUGCGGUGGGCUCCUGCUCCAUCUGCGCCGCCGUGGUGGUCUGCUGUCUGGCUCUGGUGGUCUUCUGCACCGCCGUGGAGAUCUUCUGGUCCGCCCUGGUGGGCUCAAGUCCCGUCCGGUCCGCCCUGGUGGGCUCAAGCCCCGUCCGGUCCGCCCUGGUGGGCUCAAGCCCCGUCCGGUCCGCCCUGGUGGGCUCAAGUCCCGUCCGCCCUGGUGGGCUCAAGCCCCGUCCGGUCCGCCCUGGUGGGCUCAAGCCCCGUCCGGUCCGCCCUGGUGGGCUCAAGUCCCGUCCACUCUGCCCUGGCUUCCUGCUCUGCCAGCUCUACCUUGGUCCCAGAUCACUCCGCUUCCACAAGGACCUGGCCCUCCAUCCCUCCCCCUGUUCCGCCUCCGCUCCACCUCACUCCUGAUUAUAGACUGUGUGGAGCGUCUGGAAGCCGCUCUUUGGGGGGGGGGCUCUGUCACGAAUCUGGUCUGCACUCCCGUUCAUUCACCACUAGAGGUCACCCGCUCACCACAUGGACUUUCACACCACACAUCACAUGGACUCCAAUUCCCAUCAUCCAACACUGAUCACAGCUGUCACCAAUCACUCAUUGCAUCAAUCACACGCACACCUGAUCACACAGCAUCACUAAUCACACACACUAUUUCAACCCUGGACUUUCUCUCCCUCGUUGCCGAGUAUUGUAUGCAUUAUCGCUGCCCUACAAAGCCCUGUUAGUUUUCCUAGCCUUGCCUUGCCUCGCCUAGCCUUGCCUUUGUUUAAUCGUGUUUUCCCCUGCCUGGACUAUCGCUACGUUUUGGAUUACCUCUCCUGUCUCGCCCCUUUGGAUUCUGUACGCUGAUCGUCGACCCACACUUGUCUCUGUUUACUCUUUGUCUCGUCCAUAUUAUACCUGUUUGCCAUUGUCUGACCCUGCCUGUACG